AUGUUCACCUACGAUGGUAUCCGAUCGCAGCUCGAGUGGAACUCCACCUUGAGCGUCUCCAAUGCCCCCCAGCCCACCGCUGACACCAAGUUCCUUCGCAAGACUUCGAUCAUCGCAACUAUCGGUCCGAACACGAACACCGUCGAGAAACUUGCUGCCCUGAGACGCGCUGGUGUCAACGUUGUUCGCAUGAACUUUUCUCAUGGUUCAUAUGAUUACCACCAGAGUGUCAUCGACAACACAAGAAAGAUGGUUGCGGCGGAUCCCAGUGGACGACCUGUUGCGAUUGCUUUGGACACAAAAGGCCCCGAAAUCCGCACGGGUUUGAUGAGAGAUGGAAAGGAUGCGCCCAUCAAGGCUGGCCAUGAAUUCGUCAUCUCGACGGAAGACAAGUACAGCGAGAUUUGCGAUGACAAGGUCCUAUGGCUUGACUACAAAAACUUGCCAAAGGUCACUGCUCCCGGCAAGCUCAUCUACAUUGAUGACGGUAUUCUCUCUCUCCUCGUCUUGGCUAUUGAGGGUUCCAACGUUCGCGUACGUGCCCUGAACAAUGGAACCCUCUCUUCUCGCAAGGGUGUGAACCUUCCAAAGACCGAUGUCGACCUUCCUGCUCUCUCGGAGAAGGACAAAAAGGACCUGCUUUUUGGUGUCAAGAACGGUGUUGACAUGAUCUUCGCGUCAUUUAUCCGCCGCGGCCAGGAUGUCAAAGACAUUCGUACAGUACUGGGGCCAGAUGGUGCGAACAUCAAAAUCAUCGUGAAGAUCGAGAAUGAGCAGGGUGUUGAAAACUUUGACGAAAUCUUGCGAGAGACUGAUGGUGUUAUGGUUGCUCGUGGUGACCUCGGUAUCGAGAUCCCCGCAAGCCAAGUCUUCUUGGCACAAAAGAUGAUGAUUGCGAAGUGCAACAUCGCUGGGAAGCCAGUCAUUGUGGCAACCCAGAUGCUCGAGGUACAUCACGCACAGUACAACCCCAGGCCCACUCGCGCCGAAAUUAGCGACGUAGCCAAUGCUGUCCUUGAUGGUUCCGAUUGUGUCAUGUUGUCUGGAGAAACUGCAAAGGGAAAUUAUCCCGUAGAGUCUGUUCUCAUGAUGGCUGAGACAUGUUUGCUGGCAGAGGCAGCAAUUUGCUACCCACCUCUGUACGACGAGUUGCGAGGCAUCCAGCCUCGCCCCACCGAGACUGUGGAGACCGUGGCGAUUGCUGCGGUCGCUGCUGCUUCGGAGCAAAACGCGAGCGCCAUUAUUGUACUGUCCACAAGCGGAAACACUGCUCGUCUGAUUUCCAAAUACCGCCCGAGAGUACCCAUCAUCACGGUCACUCGGAAUGAGCAGACCGCGCGCCAAAUCCAUCUCCACCGUGGAUGUUAUCCAUUCUGGUACCCUGAGCCGCGUGGAGUUCAUGAGAGUCAGUGGCAGAAAGAUGUUGACAACCGUAUCCGAUUCGGCUUGAAGAACGCGCUUGCGCUGAAUAUCAUCAAGACGGGAACUACCGUUAUCGCUGUGCAAGGCUGGAAGGGAGGUCUUGGCCAUACUAACACCAUGCGCAUCUUGUCGGUUCCUACCGAUCCUGCUGAUUUUGAGUUGCAAUCCCUGGGAGCAAACUAG